UAAAGUCCCUUAAAAAACUCUAUUUAAAGAGUUCUAAUGUUAGUUCAUUUUUAUUGCAUAUAAGAAUAUUUCCAACCAAAUUCAACAAAGCUUUAUUACAUAGUAUAUACUCAAUAAUCAUGAAAAUGCUGAUGAUGAGGCUGCACAUUCUCCUAUUAUCUCUGGCUCUUGUUGCAUUUCAUGAUCACAAUAAUGCUGCAGUAGAAGGCAUUGCAGUAGCUGAACUGAGGAAAUUGGCAGCCAAGAACAAUGUGACAUGUUUGUUGGUGUUUGGAGAUUCAAGUGUAGAUCCUGGAAAUAAUAACCAUCUUUCUACUACAAAUAAGGCCAAUUACUUGCCUUAUGGGAUGGACCUUUCUAAUUCUCAACCUACUGGCAGGUUCUCUAAUGGCAAACUUGCCACUGACUUCGUUGCUGAGGCACUUGGUUAUGUAAACAUGACCAGAGGGUUUCUAGACCCACAAAUAAACAAAGUGGAUAUGCUACACGGCAUUAGUUUUGCUUCAGCUGGCUCUGGUUAUGAUGAUCUCACUGCCAAUUUAUCAAAUGCAAUGUCACUAGCCAAGCAAAGGGAGUAUCUGAGGCACUAUGAAAUCCACUUGACACAAAUGGUGGGAGUUGAGAAAGCAAGAGAGACUAUGAAAGAUGCAUUGUACAUAAUAAGUAUGGGCACAAAUGACUUCCUACAAAAUUACUUUGUGGAACUUGUUCGUUCUAAGCAAUACACUGUGGAACAGUACCAGGACUUUUUGAUACGUUCCUUGGUUACUCACGUCAAGAUAAUUCAUGGUAUUGGAGCAAAAAGAUUAGCAGUGGUGGGAGUUCCUCCUCUUGGGUGUGAACCACUUGUGAGAACCAUUCGAGAUGAGGAAACCAAGUGCGAUGAUGAUUUGAACAAAGUUGCUUUCUCUUUCAAUCUCAAAGUCAAGAGAGCAUUGCAAGCCUUUAAUAGAUUAUUUGGGAUGAAAGUUUCCUUCAUUGAUAUAUAUAGCGUCAUUCUAGAAGCUGUCCAAAAUCCCCAUAAAUUCGGUUUUACGGAGACAAGUAAGGGGUGCUGUGGGACAGGAACCGUAGAGUAUGGAGAGAGUUGCAAAGGGUUGAAAACUUGUAGUGAUAGAACAAAGUUUGUGUACUGGGACGCUGUUCAUCCUUCUGAGAAAAUGCAUAAGAUCAUGGCUAAUGAAGCUCUUAAAGCUAUUAAUGUUGAUUUAUUCGACUAAUAAAUAAUAAUCAUCAUCUUUCUUUUUAA